UAAAAGGACUGUGUUCACUGUCAGCCACCUCUUAUUAUUACAGUAGUUCUAUUUUUUCAUUAAGUUUAGUGUUAAAAUAAGAAUUGAAGAAUUGUUAGUGUCACUUUUUGGGUAUUACGUACAACGUAUUGCAACAUUCACGUGAUCUCCAAAAUUUAUUUAUCAUUUGAAAAGUUUAAAAUUAAACAAUGGCAUCUGCAGAUGCUAUUCAAGUGAGUUCGUUGCCUCUCCCACCUGUUCAGUACAUCAAUCUGUACACGGAUGAAAAUGUCAAGAGAGGUAGAGCUCCAAGGCCUCCACUGCCAAUUCAUGACAACUAUUCUAUGUUUGGUAACAUUUUCAAUGCUGAUGAUACGAUAAUUAGGCCUCUAGAAGCCCAAGGAAUUAAAAGGUUGUACCCACAACACUUUGACAGACGGAGAGAACUCAAGAAACUCAAUCACUCCUUGUUAGUCAACUUUUUAGAUUUAAUCGAUUUACUAGUCAUGUGCCCCGACAGUACCAGGAGAGCUGAAAAGGUGGAGGAUUUAAGUUUGUUAUUUAUCCACAUACAUCAUUUAUUAAACGAAUUUAGACCACAUCAAGCUCGCGAAACUCUUAGAGUAAUGAUGGAAAUGCAGAAGAGGCAGAGAAUAGAGACAACAUUGCGGUUUAAAAAACAUUUAGAAAAGGUACAAGUAAUUCUGCAAACGGCUCUUCAAAGUUUGCCAGAUGCUUCAGAUUUGGAUUCCAAAUUUUCUGUGAAUGUUGAAGGAAUGGAAAUUGACAGUAUCUCAAGUGCAGAACAACAAGCACUGGAUCCAUGCAGUUCAAGUGAUCGUAUAAUGUGUAAAGUGAUUGAUGACAUGCUUUUGUCUAAUAGUUUACACUAAAGACAGUAAUUUAUUAUUAUUAUAUUAAUAAUAUGUACGUGUAAUCAUCACUGUAUGCAUAAGUGUCGUGUAAUUUUAUAUUAAUUUGAAAAAUGUACAAAAUUAACUAGGUUUAUAUAUUAUAAACAUAUUUUUCCCAUCCGUGAUAACAA